UCAGUUGUUGGUGAGUUGGAUCACUUUCCCGUCGUUCUCUUUGUGCGGUUGUGGAGAGAGAGAGGUGGUAGUGCUGUUACUUACUACUGCCGUAGUAGUGUGGGGGGCUUGGGUGUAGCGAUAAACAGAGUAGAUCGAGCAGGGGGUGGCCGGUAGUGCUGAAAAAUUGAUUGAUUAAUUGAUUGGGUAGGUACUUGCCGAGGAAGAAAGAGAUGAGGGGAAAUAGUAAGGAGUUGGUUUUGGUGUUGAUGUUGGUGUUGUCAUUGGUGUGUGCCUCUGUCUCUGCAGUAUCGGUAUCGGUAUCGGCAUCGGCAUCGGCAUCGAGAAAGGUUUUAGAGUCGGAAGGUUAUGUCUAUAGACGUAAUCUGCUCGCUAACGGCCUUGGCAACACUCCUCCGAUGGGGUGGAAUAGUUGGAAUCACUUCAACUGCAUGAUUGACGAAAAAAUCAUCAGGGAAACUGCUGAUGCUGUGGUUUCAACUGGUCUUUCCAAGCUUGGCUAUGAGUACAUAAACAUAGAUGAUUGUUGGGCUGAGAUAUCUCGUGAUGACAAGGGUAAUCUAGUUCCAAAGAAGUCAACAUUUCCGUCAGGCAUUAAAGAUUUGGCAGACUAUGUCCACAGCAAGGGGCUGAAACUAGGUAUCUACUCAGAUGCAGGGUAUUUUACAUGUUCUAAAACAAUGCCAGGUUCACUUGGUCAUGAAGAACAUGAUGCGAAAACUUUUGCUUCAUGGGGUGUUGAUUAUCUGAAGUAUGAUAACUGCAACAAUGGUGGUUCAAAGCCAACUGUUCGGUAUCCUGUAAUGACCCGAGCUUUGAUGAAUGCGGGCCGACCAAUUUUCUUUUCGCUUUGUGAAUGGGGAGAUUUACAUCCAGCUCUGUGGGGUGCUAGGUUAGGAAAUAGUUGGAGAACUACUAGUGACAUUUCUGAUACAUGGGACAGUAUGGUUUCUAGAGCUGACAUGAAUGAAGUUUAUGCUGAUUAUGCAAGGCCUGGUGGUUGGAAUGAUCCAGACAUGCUUGAAGUAGGAAAUGGUGGAAUGACAAAAGAUGAAUACAUAAUUCACUUCAGCAUAUGGGCCAUUUCUAAGGCUCCUCUCCUUAUUGGAUGUGAUGUGCGAAACAUGACCAAAGAAACCAUGGAGAUCAUUGGCAACAAGGAGGUCAUUGAUGUAAACCAGGAUCCACUUGGUGUUCAAGCGAAAAAGGUCAGGAUGGAGGGUGAUAUAGAGGUUUGGGCUGGACCCCUUUCAGGCUAUAAGGUUGCACUCCUCCUGGUUAACAGAGGUCCAUCUCGUUCUCCAAUUACUGCGAAUUGGGAUGACAUUAGCAUCCCUCCAAAGACUGUCGUAGAGGCCAGAGAUCUUUGGGAGCAUAAGACAUUGAUUACAAAACUUGUGGGGAACCUGACAGCCACCGUCGAUUCCCAUGCAAGCAAGAUGUAUGUGUUGACACCAGUUGCUUGAGUUACCAUUGUUGAUGAGUUCACACCCGGGGUUCUUCCCUUGACUGAUCCAACAAAAGUAGAAAGAUAGAAGAGUCAAAGUAAUUCACAAAAUUCGGAAAAUAAGGUAAAAUAAAAUAAAGAGCAGAGGGAAGAAUGUAAGGCAGAGUUGUAGAAAUUAAUAAUGCAAUUCUUAGUCGUCUGCUUCUUUCAGAAAACAGAGGGCGGGGAGGACUUUAUGCUACAUUUUUAAUGUUGAAGGAGAAAAUUAUUUGAAGUGAUGAAAUUUUAUGCUUUUGUAA